AUGUGUGAAUUUAUAUAUGGUGUGAGAACAACAAAAGGCGAAAAAUACUCAAGAGCUUCCUUGAAAAAUGCUGUUGCCUCAAUAAGCCGUCAUCUUAAAAAUUCCAAAUCACAAUGGAAUUAUAAUCUUUUAGAUAAAAAGAAUUUUCCAAAACUUCAUGCCACACUUGAUGGUACCUUAAAAGAAAUGAAAAGAUUAGGAAUAGGUGCUCCAAAACCACAUGAAGGUUUAACAAAUGAGAAAUUAAAAAUUAUCUUAUCUAAUAAUGCCAUGUCUUCAAAUGAACCUGAAAGCUGGAAUUCGCAACUAUCUUAA